AAUAAAUCUCACACUUUUCCCAUUUUUUCUAUUUUCUUAACAUUUUCGUUUUUCAAAAUUUUUCUUCAUAUACUAUGACCGCACCGCCACUCGCCGGAAAAUCUUCGCCGGUGUAUUUUUCGACUUCCGCUUCUCUCUUCGAUAACGUCCUUUAGCUUUCGGUACUGUUCUCUGUCUUCUGCACAUAUCUUCUUCCCCGCUUCUAGCUUAUUGCAUUUUGGCCGUGUCUGAAACUUAGGGUUCCUGGAACCCUAGACGCCGCUUCCGGAACUUCUCCAUGACAUUCGGAGUGAGAUUUUGGAGUUUUUCAGCUGAUUAGGUUGGAUUGGUGGCUGCAUCUUGUUGUUCUCUGUUUCUGUGAUUUUUUUUUUUCAAUUCUGUUUACGGAAGUUCUUGAGAAUGAAGCGAUUGAGGUCAAGCGAAGAUCUCCACUCGUACGGUGACAAGAAUGGCUGCAAGGAUUCGAAUCUGAACCGGUCAUUUUCGUCGUCGCAGCGAAGCUUCUACUAUAAGCCUGACAGUGCACCGCGGAAAGGCUCGCUAUCUUCGUCAUCGUCUUCUCGCCAUGACAGAGAUCGAGCGUUGGAUGAGGAUCGGGAGGGUUCAAGGUUGGUUCGGAAGCGAUCGGAACAUGAUUUCGACGGUUUCGAUCGGAGGAAGGGGUUUGAUCGGUACAGAGACGGUGGCGGUUACGGCGGCGGUGGAGGAGGAGAUAGAAGUUUGAUUCACCGGUCAGAGAGCUUCUGCGGAGGUUCGAGGAGGGAGUUUCCGAAGGGGUUCCGGUCGGAGAGGGACCGGCCGAGGAGGGAAGGCAGCGUGUCUUCGUGGCGGAGAGGGUUGAAGGAUUUUGAUGAGAACGGUGGCGGAAGCAGAGGGAGUAGUAGAGUUUCUUCGACGGCAGAGGAGAGGGUGGUAAGGUCGCCGAAGGGUUUGAGGGAUGUGAAGUCGCCGACAUGGUCGAAAGACUCCGAAAGUGAGCAAUCGAAGAAGAGGUCUUCGUCUCCGAGAGUAUCGCUGAGAGAUGACAAGUCCAAGUCCAAGUCUAAGUCACCAACUUGGUCCAAGGACUCAGAAAGUGAGCAAUCAAAAAGUUGUGAGCGGUCCAAGAGUGUUGAGCAGUUUAAGAGCGUUGAGCAGUCUAAGAAUGUUGAGCAACCCAAGAGCGUUGAGCAGUCGAAGAGCAUUGAGGUGAAGAAAACCGAGGAGUUGCAGGUUCAGAGUGGAAGCAGCAGUGAAAUGGAAGAAGGGGAGUUAGAACCUGAGCCUGCUCCUGCUCCUGUUCCUCAGGCUGAACCAGAGGCGGCUCUCAAAGUUGCUUCUGAAAGUGAAGAACGCAAGGAUUCUGCCCUUUUGGAGAAUGCUGAGAAGGAAGUCAUGAACGAAUGUGAGGUCAAUGCUACAAAGGCUGCAAAGGGCGAUACACAAUUAUACGAGGAAAAACCUAAUAUGGACAUUGAUUCUGAGGUGAAAAAUGCAGAAAAGGAAGCCGAUAAGGUGCAAGAUGUUCAAGACAAUCCUGCGAAGGAUGUUCCUGUUGCUAAUACUGAAGUCAAACUGGCUCGUGAUGUUGUUAAUAGAAAAGAGGAGUGUUUGAAGGCUGACGAUUCUGAGUGCAAGGAGGAAACAAAGAAGGAUGCAUAUUUGGCGAUGUCUGUGGUUAACGAAGAGGAGCAGAAACAGGACAAGGGUGUGGAUUUAAAAGCUAGCGCAGGUCUUGACAAACCAGAGUUAAAUGAUGAAGUCUCAAAAGAGAAUGAAGCUCCAAAAGAAGUGAAUAGGGAAUUCAUGGCGGAGGGUGUGGCCAACAACAUCAAGGAUAAAGGGAAAAGCGUCUCUGUUACCCCAACUAAUGUUGCCCAUUCUUCAGAAGAUGGCUUGUGGACUGAUAGAGGAUCAAGAGAUCUUGCCACAUGCUCUGCUGAUGUUAUGGACGGCCCUAGCACCAGAGGAUUCGAGUUGUUUUCUAGAUCUCCUGUCAGAAAACCGGAGAAAAAGGAGCAGUCAGGUCUCAGCAAGAAGGAUGAUGGUCUUGGAAUGGAGCAGCUUGAUCUUUCUCUUAGCUUACCAAAUGUUCUGUUACCUAUUGGUUCUCAUGAGAUGGCAACGCAAGCCCCUGGAUCCCCCAGUCAAGCUCGGAGUGUGCAGUCAUUAAGUACUACAUUUUGUACCAACUCAGAUGGUUUUACUGCAUCAAUGUCUUUUUCAGGCUCCCAAUCUCUCUACCACAAUCCAAGCUGUUCUCUAACAAAAAAUGUAGUUGACUAUGAACAAUCUGUUGGCAGCCGCCCCUUAUUUCAGGGAAUUGAUUGGCAAAGCCUAUCUCAGAAUGAUCCCAAACAUAAAGAAGUUCCUUAUAGCAAGAUAACUUCUGCAAAUGGAAAUGGUUCAUUUUACCAAUCUCAAGCAUCAUGGGGUGUUUUAGAUGGUCAAGUUGUGAAGGGUCAACAAUCUAGGGUCCUAGAAGGAAGCUCAAAAAUGGGCAGCGGACUUGACAGGCAAUUGAGUUUUCAGAAGCAGUUUUCGGGACAGUCAAGACGCCAUGAUGAUGUUAGAUCUCCUACACACAGUGCUGGGUCUCAUGACAUUGGGUCAAAUUAUAGUCGUGAGAAAAAGGGGGAAGCCAAGGAUAGGAGUAGUGGUAGUUUGUAUCGAACUACUAGCCAAAAGGAGCAAGAACAAAUUCUGAUGGGUGGAAUUGACUUUGUUGAGACUAUCAUUGCAAAACUGGUUUCUGAACCAGUGAAUGCGACGACUCGAAAGUUUCAUGAAAUGGGAGGACAGCCUGUAGCGUUUCUGAAGGAGGGCAUUAGGGAAAUCAUGCUUAAUCCAGAUAAGCACGGGCAAAUACUUGCUUUCCAAAAAGUUCUGCAGAAUAGGUCUGACAUAACCUUGGAUGUCUUACUAAAGUGUCAUCGAGUACAACUGGAAAUUUUGGUUGCUUUAAAAACUGGUUUAACCCAUUAUCUUCACGUAGACAACAGCAUUCCAUCUUCUGAUUUAGCUCAAGUUUUUCUGAACCUAAGAUGUAGGAAUCUUUCAUGUCGAAGCCAAUUGCCUGUGGAUGAAUGCGAUUGCAAGGUUUGUACACAGAAGAGUGGUUUUUGCAGGGAAUGCAUGUGUCUGGUGUGUUCUAAGUUUGACAACGCAUCAAAUACAUGUAGUUGGGUUGGGUGUGAUGUUUGCCUUCACUGGUGUCAUACUGAUUGUGGGUUACGGGAGUCUUAUAUUAGAAAUGGUCACAGUACUACUGGGACAAGAGGAAUGACAGAGAUGCAGUUUCAUUGUAUUGCUUGUGAUCACCCGUCUGAGAUGUUUGGCUUUGUCAAGGAGGUGUUUCAAAAUUUUGCAAAAGAUUGGCCAGUUGAAACCCUCUGCAAGGAGCUUGAAUAUGUGAAGAGAAUUUUUAAUGCCAGCAAGGACAUGAGAGGGAGACAACUGCAUGAGAUUGCAGAUCAAAUGCUACCAAGGCUGGUAAACAAGUCGAACCUUCCUGAGGUUUUGAGGCACGUAAUGUCUUUCCUUGUUGAUGGGGAUUCUUCCAAAUUAGCCAUGGCUACAAACUUAUCUGGGAAGGAACGAAGUAAGGAAAUCAAAGGGGUAGCUGGGCCAAGCCAGGAAGCUUCUUGGCUGAAAUCUACUUAUUCGGAGAAGAAACCUGUGUUAGAAAGGCCAGCAAACAUCCUUACCAGCUUUGAUCAAAAUGAUAAAAGGACUCUGGCGCCUGAGCUGCAAAUGAGUAUUGUCCCAAAAGACUUCUGUUUUGAUGAAUUGGAGAGUGUAGUUAAAAUCAAACAAGCAGAGGCUAAAAUGUUUCAGUCACGUGCUGAUGAUGCAAGAAGAGAAGCUGAAGGGUUGAAACGUAUUGCCCUUGCAAAGAGUGAGAAAAUUGAUGAAGAGUAUACUCAGCGAAUUGCGAAGCUGCGACUGGGUGAGACAGAGGAAAUGCGUAGGCAGAAACUCGAAGAACUUCAAGCAUUAGAACGGGCACAUCUGGAGUAUUUCAACAUGAAAAGGAGAAUGGAGGCAGACAUUAAAGAUCUUUUAUCUAAAAUGGAAGCUACUAAAAGGAGUCUUGCCCUGUGAAGCUGACAACACUCUAGAAUAGUUCUUUCAGGUAAAUGUAAUCUUCCAUCUUAUAAUUUGUAGGUUUCAAUUCCAUCUUAAUGUUAUGAGUUACUGUAGUUUCUGAUCCAUAGAUUGAUGUAUCUAUCUGCUGUUGUAGUUCAUUUGGGAUUCAAGCUGCUAACCAAGAUCUUGUACAGAGAUUCCAACAGUUAAUUACUCUUAUUAAACAAUUGGAAUUACAAAAGCUAUUUAAACUAGAUUACUAUUAAAACACCCUUGCAAGAAUUCCCACUAUUUGGCUGCAUUUGCUAGGCAGAAUUUUUCUACUGACUCACAAGAGGAAAAGGAUAAACUUAGCUACAUAUUGCGCUUUAA